GCUCAGGGUGCAACAUCACACACGCCAAAUAUUUUCAAUUCAUCAGGAGCCUCCAGCAGCCCGACGAGAGGAGGGAGGGGAGAGAAGAAAAACCUCGGAGUGAGGCUGAGCGUGGAAGGACCGCUGCUCCCCGCAAGGUUGAAGUAAGAGCCAAAACUGUGAGCUCGCUCUCCCCUUCCUGUUGCCACUUUCCCCUCCAAAAGACGGAUCAUCCUGCCAGCCACGCCAUGUCGUCAGACCCAACCACCCCUCCGACAGUCCCAACCCUCCACUCCCCAAAGUCGCCUAUCUGGCCCACCUUCCCCUUUCACCGGGAGGGAAGUCGGAUCUGGGAGCGGGGCAAUCUUCUCCUCCGGGACCUGCCCAGCCCCCUCCCCACCAAAAGAACCAGAACAUACUCUGCGACAGCUCGUGCCUCCGCUGGCCCUGUCUUCAAGGGCGUCUGUAAGCAGUUCUCACGCUCCCAGGGCCACGGCUUCAUCACUCCAGAGAACGGCACAGAGGACAUAUUUGUACACGUGUCUGACAUCGAGGGGGAGUAUGUUCCCAUGGAAGGAGACGAGGUCACAUACAAAAUUUGCCCCAUUCCACCCAAGAACCAGAAGUUCCAGGCUGUGGAGGUGGUGCUCACCAACCUGGCCCCACACACAAAGCACGAGACAUGGUCUGGCCAAAUAAUCGGUUCCUAGGCUUUGGGUGGAAUCUACAUGGGCUGGCUCAGUCUGGAGGCAGAGUGGGGGUGAGGGACAAAGUCUGGGACAGCUGGUGUGGGGGGGAGAGGGGCGGGAUCACAUUUCUUGUUUGCAAAGUGACAUGUAGCCGUAUCCAUUCUGUGUCUUUUUAUAAGAUUACAUUCUUGUUUGUAACUGCGUCAUCUUGAGGGCGGAGGGAGAGGCAGAGCUGCUUUGGGGCAGAGUCCCACUUUCCUACAUGUCAUGAGCUUGUGUGGCCUUUCUUCAAGGACAUGUGCAGAAGCGCCUGCUUCGUGUUGGGAGAGGAGAGAUGUAAACCCAGCAGGAGUUGAUGUCAAGUUUAUUUUAUCCUGCUGCCUAUGCGAUCCAAACUCACCACUCUUCCCUGAUCCCAACUCCUUCAGGAAGCUCCAGAUCCCCCAUGCAGGGGGCCAGGACAGCCAGCGUUCCAGCCCCCUAACUCCCCCAAAGCAGGCGCUAAGGAGAGCCAGGGGGAAUGAGGAGUGGGCAGCAAUAUCCCUGGAGAGACUGGGCAAGGAGGCAUUCAUCAUUUGAGGGGCAGGGCAGCCCCACAGCAGGGCCAGUGCAAC